AUGGCAAAAGACUUUUAUGUUUUAAGUAAAUAAAGCUCCUAAUAAUGUUUCAGUUCAUUAGGCAAUUUUGAAUCUAUUCAACAUGUAAACGAUUCUAAUAAAUGGGAUGAUAUAAAAUAGUCAAGAUAAGACUUAAUGAAGAAAUAUCAAUAAUUCAAGACGAAUGAAGCAAAAUAAACAACUCUGUCAACCUAUUAAUCUUAAAAAGUUCUCGUUCCAAAGCUAGAGAAUUUUGACAUUAAACUAAAUAUCAAGAGAGACAAUGUAAUUAAAUAUAGAGAUAAAGAAAACAUUACAAGUUCUUAAUAGAAACAGUCAGAAAAAUCUGGAAUGAGCAGUUAAAGAAUUAGAUAAGAAUCUGUAUAUGAUAGAUUAUAUAAUUAAAGAGAUACUGAAAAAAAAGCAGGAAGACCAGUUUAGAAUAAAGCUAUUUUAACCAACAAUUCAAAUCAAUAAUCAAAAUCAAUAUUAGCUCACAAUAUCCUAAUUCAGAAACGAUCUUCUGAUCCAUCAAUAUUAAUGCCCAUAUCCUCUUUGAUUAAAAAAACUUAAAAAUAAUAAAUAGUUUAACAGCAAGACGAAAAUAAUACACAAUUUUAAAACUUCCAAGAAUAGGUUAAUAAUGAAGAACAAUAUAAAGUUAAUGUCAGUAGAAUACAAGAUUACCACCCUGCGAAAAAGGACAGCUCUAAAUAAAUUUAGCCUAUAGAAUUUCAAACUAACGUUAAUUUAUCAUAAUUACCAAUUAAGCAUUGUUAUUUUUCUUUAGUAAAUGCAGAAGAAAAGUUAUAAAAUAAAAAAGUUAGAUCACAAAGCACUGAGAAAAUUAAAACUAAAUAACACUUGAAAUCCUCAAAAGGAAAUCGAGCACAUACUUAAGGGAAGUAGGAAAUUAAAAAUUAAUCAAAAAUCAAUAGAUUAUACGAAUAUAUAUUGGAAGGGAAUUACUGA